AUGGCUUCCAAGUCAGUCUUCAUCGUUGCUCUUCUGUUCUCUGUUCCCAUUCUCUGCCUUCAAGGCACUUAUGCUUACCGUAUAGGAGGUGAUGCCUCUGCCUCUGCCUCUGCAGAGGCAGCCUCUGCCACUGCCUCUGCUUCAGUCUUAAUCGUUGCUCUUAUGUUCUCUGUUCCCAUUCUCUGCUUUCAAAGCAUUUAUGCUUACCGUAUAGGACGUGAUGCCUCUGGCCCAAUUGAAGGUGGCUUUGGAAAUGGAAAUCGGGACAGCCAAGGGUAUGGCGAUGAUGAAGAACGUACGGCUGCCCCAAGGAGGAGGAAAUUGGUGUGGAAAAAAUCACUUCAUGAAAAGUUUAUGCAGGCAAUUGCACACAUUGGCUUGGACAACGCUACGCCAACGGGAAUUCUCAGGUUCAUGAAUGAGCCAGACUUAACCGCAAAGCGUGUGGGUAGUCAUUUGCAGAAGUAUCGUAUAUUCUUGGAGAAGAAGGAAGUUGCGGAUGCGGGGGACGAAGACAUGCGUGAUAUGUUGAGCAGGUCAAGCUUCGCACGUGGCCACCCAGAACUACUCUUCAACAGUAACGAACGAGACCAACCUCACUCACAGCUCCUGAACCAACAGCAAAUGGAAACAUCAGUUGGCUCUACAUUUCAAGUUCAACCCUCAGCUGGAAUUGGAACCACCCCACCUCUUACUGCUGCUGCUUCCAACUGCCACGGCUUCAUCCAAUUCUCUAAUGAUCAGCAAUCUUCAACUAGCAACAGCAGCAGAUCCAUUCCGCGCCAGCAACCAACGCUUGGUAAUCGUAAUGGGGAUCAGCUGUUUUUUCAAGAAAACCGCCCGGCAGCUUUUGGAAUGCAACAACCGAGUAACAAUUUUGAAAAUGGAGGUAUGUCUUUUGACCCAAUGAAUAAUGUUGGACUUACCAACAAUAAUACUGGGACAAAUAAUCUGAUGCAAGUAUACCCACUACAAAGCCAGCCAGGGACCAAUAACCCAUUCAGCUACAACCUUGCUACAUCAGUAAAUCAGAACGGUUCGAAUUUUACUCCAAUGUCUUCGAGCUUUGAUAACUUGGGGUCUCAUUUUAACGAUGUGAAUCAAUUCGGAGUUUAUUGGCAGUCGUCGUGUUCUGCUGGUUUUGAGACUGGUGCUAGUUCUGCAUACCAAUUCCCUCCAAAUUUGCCUGACAACAAUGGUGAUCUUGAUCAGCAACAAAAUGUUCCAGUGUUGCCACCCCCAGAAGGGAAUUUUAAUGACCAAUGUGGUCUGCCAAAUAUCAAUGUUGGAGGAGGAAAUGUUGAAAAUUCCAAUAGACAUCUUCAUGAUAACUUCAUGAUGCCCGCUUAUCUUUUCACGGAUGGGCAGGACAACUAUCAACCUCCUCCUCAGCAACAAGAUGGAGGUCACGAUCAAGAUCAACUUCCUUAUCAAGUUGAAGUGCCGGAACCUGCUGCGAACCAAGUUCCCAACCUUUCUGCGGACCAAGUUCCAAACCCUGGCCCAUACCAUGUCGAAGAUAAUCAUGAAACAAUCUUGGAGCCAGGCAUGCCUACUGUCUUUGAAUCAGAGGACUUGAACAUAUGUCUUCAUACUUGUCAGGCAAGUCAACAAUUAGAUUUAGUCAUUUAUUUACAGCAACCGUGUACUUAUAUCUCUUCUGGACAUAUAUGGGAUGCUGAUACGUAA